AUGGGUAAAUCCAUCCUCCUAAUCAACGGCCCAAAUCUAAACCUCCUGGGCACCCGAGAGCCACAUAUCUACGGACAUACGACACUAGCAGACGUUGAAUCAAACAGCCGCGAUGUUGCCGCCAGCCACGGUGCCGUAUUGGAAUCUUUCCAGUCAAACCACGAAGGCGCAAUUGUGGACCGCAUUCAGGCUGCACGCGGAAAGGUCGACGGUAUCAUCAUCAACCCAGGCGCAUACACACAUACCUCCGUGGCGAUCCGAGAUGCUCUCCUCGGUGUCGGGAUUCCUUUUAUCGAGCUCCAUGUUAGCAAUGUCCAUGCGCGCGAGCCGUGGAGACACCACUCGUACUUCAGUGAUAAAGCCGCCGGUAUUAUUGUUGGGCUAGGGGUCUACGGGUAUAAGGUUGCUGUUGAGCAUGUUUGUGUGGAUUUUGAGGAGAAGAGCACGAAGGCUGUUUUGUGA